GCCCUUAUCCGACACUAUGGAUGAUGCAGAGUACCAGAAAUUGGGUAGAAGCAUGGCGGAGUCUGAAGGAUCUAGGGCACAGCAACCGGAUGUGGCCACUGGCAUUAGUGCCAUAGUAUACACAGCACGAGGAGAAGAACUCACCAUAAACUGUGAUGUCGUCCAGGAGGAGGAGGUGCCGUCGGAGUCCUCGGGCCAGCGGGAACAGUGGAGCAAGGGUGUGGAGUUUCUCUUCUCAUGCAUCGCUCUCUCCGUUGGCCUGGGAAAUGUUUGGCGAUUUCCCUUUAUAGCUCUGGAAAAUGGUGGCGGUGCCUUUUUGAUUCCCUAUGUGAUAGUGCUCCUCCUGAUUGGGCGACCCAUCUACUAUCUGGAGGUGAUUAUAGGCCAGUUCUCGAGUCGCGGAUGUAUCAAGGCUUUCGACAUGGCGCCUCUUAUGAAGGGUAUAGCCUAUGGCCAGGUGUACUCCACCGCUCUGGCCAUAACGUACUAUGCCUGCAUUAUGGCCUUGACUAUAAGGUAUUUAGUGGCUAGCUUCGAUGAGGUACUGCCUUGGACUUACUGCCUAGUGGAAUGGGGCAGCAAUUGUGUGGCCACAGGAGCCACUGCCGCCAAUGACACAUCUAUUGUGCAGGGCGUAUCUUCCGCAGAGCUAUACUUUACGCGAACAGUACUUCGGGAACCAGAAAACUUGGAUGAGAGUGGCCUGGGGACGCCUAGCUGGGAUCUGGUACUGUGUCUUAUGGCCACCUGGGUAAUCAUAGGCACAGUUCUAUGCAAAGGGAUACGCAGUUCGGGCAAAGCAUCUUAUUUCUUGGCAUUGUUUCCCUAUGUGAUCAUGUUCAUACUGCUGAUCAGGGCGGUCACGCUGCCGGGUGCCUGGCGGGGCAUAGUCUACUUCCUGGAGCCGCAGUGGUCGCAGCUGCUCAAUCCUCAUGUGUGGUAUGCAGCUAUUACCCAAAUGUUCUUCUCUUUGGCCAUCUGCUUUGGCACCCUGGUCAUGUACGCCUCCUUCAAUGAUUUUCACAAGAAUGUGCACAAAGAUGUCAUCAUCAUAACCACCAUUGAUUCGCUGACCUCAAUCCUGGCUGGCUGCAUAAUCUUUGGCAUUCUGGGAAACCUGGCCCAUGAGACCAAAACCGAGGAUAUCUCCCAGGUUGUGAAAGGUGGAGCUGGUCUGGCCUUCAUCUCCUAUCCGGAAGCCAUAGCCAAGUUCAACUAUUUGCCGCAAUUGUUUGCUGUCCUGUUCUUCUUCAUGCUUCUGGUAUUGGGUAUUGGAUCGAACAUUGGCAUGGCCAGCUGUGUGAUCAACGUGGUCAAGGAUCGUUUCACCCACUUGCCGCACUGGCUGCUGGCCGUGAGUGCCUCUGUGAUCGGGUUCCUCUGCGGCCUGGUUUACAUGACGCCGGGAGGUCAGUUUGUGCUGAAUCUGGUGGACUUUUACGGCUGCACCUUCAUCGCCUUGGUCCUGGCCAUUGCGGAACUGCUGGCCGUGGGCUGGAUUUAUGGAGUGAAGCGCAUCUGCAGUGACAUUGAGUUUAUGUUAAAUGUGAAAACUAGCUUUUACUGGCGCAUUUGCUGGGCCAUUGUGGCGCCGGGACUGAUGUUCCUUGUCCUGGUAUACAUGCUCUGUAGCUACGAGCCCUUGACCUACCGCGGAGUGGAGUAUCCGCCGGCUUACUAUAUGGCAGGUUGGAUCAUCUGGGGACUGGGAGUUUUGCAAUUGCCCUUCUGGGCAUUGUACACGAUUUUCCAGCAGCCGGGCAAGACCUUUAGCAGUAAACUGCGAAUGGCCAUGCAGCCUACGGCCAACUGGGGUCCGCUCCAGUUACAGAAGUACGAGGCCUACAUCCUGUAUAGAAAACGGAAAGCGGACACCAAGAGUCCACGGGGCGGAUACGUGUUCGACAAUAUAUUCGGCUGA